AUGGCGGAAGUUGUCCAAGCGCGAACAAGCUUCGCACCCUCCGCAUCUCCUCCGACGACGACAUCUCGCAAACGAUCAGCCUCGCCCGACGGCGAACCGUCGACGCCUACAACCCCAACGACUACAAGCAACGCACUCACAACAAGCAACAACGAAACCUCAAUCUCGCAGUCCGAACCACCAGCCAAGAAAACGAAACUGAUCCGCCGCAAGCGGCGCCCGGCGCGGCCACAAGUCGACCCGUCGACGAUCAAAUCCGAGCCGCCGCCACAGACCGGCACGAUCUUCAACAUCUGGUACAACAAAUGGUCGGGCGGCGACCGGGAGGACGCAUACCUGUCGAAAACGGCAGCGCCGUCACGAUGCAACAUCCGCAACGACUCGGGCUGGACGCAGGCGGACAAGACGAGCGGGAGUUAUUUCUGCCUGUUCUUCGCGCGCGGGCUAUGUCCCAAGGGUCACGAGUGCCAGUACCUGCACCGGCUGCCGACGAUCUACGACAUGUUCAAUCCGAACGUGGACUGUUUCGGGCGCGACAAGUUCAGCGACUACCGCGACGACAUGGGCGGGGUGGGCAGUUUCACGCGCCAGAACCGCACGCUGUACGUCGGCCGCAUCCACGUCACGGACGACAUUGAGGAGAUUGUGGCGCGCCAUUUCCAGGAAUGGGGCGAGAUCGAACGCAUUAGGGUCUUGACGGGGCGAGGGGUCGCGUUCGUCACCUAUGUCAAUGAGGCGAAUGCCCAGUUCGCCAAGGAGGCCAUGGCGCAUCAGGCGCUGGAUAAUAGUGAGGUUCUGAACGUCAGGUGGGCCACGGUCGAUCCGAAUCCCCUCAGUGCGAAGCGGGAAGCUGCCCGGUUGGAGGAACAGGCUGCCGAGGCUGUGAGACGCGCCUUGGGCGAGAGUGCGGUGCGCCAGAUCGAGGGUCGGGAGACCCAGGAGGAGCGCGAACAGCGGAGGAAUGCGUCGAAAUAUGGACUGGAAGGGUAUGAGGUGCCGGAGGAGAUUUGGUUUAAUCAGCAGAAACAACAGCAGCAGCAGCUGGAUGGCCAACAGCAGGGCGAGAGAGGGUUACUGAAAGCGCCGCCUCAGGGCUUUUCGGGUCCUGCAGAGACUGUCGCUUCAUCCUCGAAUGAUCUGACAGCUGCCGCGACGCAGGAUUACAGUGCUAAUGGAAAUGGCAAUGGCAAUGGCAACGAGGACAACAGUAUCAUAGGCAGUUCUGUGCUUGCGAAGCUGAAGGGCUAUGCGUCGAGUACGAGGCCGUCAGAUACAUCGAAUCCUGCGCCGGCGGCUGGUCCGUUGGUUGCGUACGGGAGUGAUGAUGAGAGCGACUGA